CCCCCACCCAGCCUCCCAGCACACCCCAGACUCCGACCCCGACACCGACCCCUACAGCACCACAGCCCCAGCCCAAAAAGAAUCUGUCACUCACGAGAGACCAGAUGUACGCAGCUCAGGAGAUGUUCAAGACGGCCAACAAGGUCACCAGACCAGAGAAGGCCCUCAUCCUGGGCUUCAUGGCUGGAUCCAGAGAGAACCCGUGCCCGGAGCAGGGGGACAUCAUCCAGAUCAAGCUGAGCGAACACACGGAGGUCUUGCCCAAAGCCGACGGCACCGGCAGCACCACCAUGCUGGUGGACACAGUCUUCGAAAUGAACUACUCCACAGGACAGUGGACCCGCCUCAAGAAAUACAAACCCAUCACCAAUACCUCCUGAGCACUCAGAAUCACACCCCCAAAAAGAUUUCUUAUCCACUUAAAAAAAAAACAAAAAAAAAAACAUGUUUACACACAUACAAGUAUUUGCAUACACAUUUGGGCCAAAUCAAGCACUGGGCGGGUGAGGGAUCGUCAAGGAGAGAAAGGUCCUCCCUUCUCCUGCACCGCCAAAAUGCAGGACUCUUUGAAGAAUAUUUCUGUACUUUUUGUUUGAUUGUUACCCAUGCCAUUUUAUUGUUUCUGUUUUUAAGUCACCUCCGAUUCCUGAAUGAUGCUGUGGUCAGGAGGGGUGAGAGAGAGAGAGAGCUUAUACGAGUCUGAGCAGAAGAAAAAAGAAAAAAAAAACCCUUUCAACAUUUGUACUCUGAGGUACAAGCAUGUCUCGUGUCUAGAGCGACGAAAAAGACGAGCUGUCCGUGUUUUUCUGUAUGAAUGUGACGUUCGCAGCUUAUCUUCGACCUUUUAGAAACAGAAUCAUGAUUUGUGAGACGCACUAGAAAGAGAACAAUAAUCGUAUCAUCGUAGAGGUGACCAAAAGCGAGCGGUGAGUAGUUCUCAAUGCUGUCAAAGUUCUGUUUGGAGCCUUCUGGUAGAUGUUUAAUAAUUUUUCAUCCUUUUUUCAAAAGAAGGGAAGAAAAUAAAGUGACGACAGACUCAA